AUGGCUUCAAAACUCGGCCGCUCAAUUAUCAAACCACAGCGUCCUAUUAGACCCAAAGGACAAGUAAAGUGUGAUGUCCACAAACAAAAUGAAGUCGUAUUUUUAUGCCAGGACUGUAAAAUGUUAAUCUGUACAAAAUGUUCUAUCACUCUCCAUAAAGAACAUAUAAACAGUUUUCUGGAGAUAUCUGACAUCAAAACACGACACAAUCAAAUACUCCAGGACUUUGUCAAUGAGACAGAAAAUGUAAAUAUUCCAAAACUAAACCAAGAAAUCAUCUCAUCUCGAACAAAAAUGACUUCAUGCAAACCUAUGUACGAUAAACUUCGCAAAAACAUCAUCGAUAAUAAUGAAAAAUGUAAGUUAGAGUUAGACAAAAUCACUGAGGAUUAUAUCACACUUUGUGACAAGAUGGAGGUGGCGGCCAUGGACCUAAUACAGACCCACAUCACAGACCUGGAGAGUAGACUGAAAACUUUGAGGGAACUCUCAUCAGAGUAUAAACAAACUCUCCAGACAGGAACCGGUGUACUCGUGUACGACUCGGCAUCAGAAAUCCAGGAAAUAGAUCUAGGCAUCUCACCGACACCUAACAUAGACAUGGCACAGUUUACUCCGGGUAUGGACAGACUAAGUCACCUAAAACAGGCCCUCGGGAACCUAAAACUUACUACUGACCAUCUCCAGGCAGGAUCGCCAACUAGUGGUCACUCCGAACAACGUCCAGUAGUCCGACCAAAACAGUCUACAGAGGCUGGUCAAGCGUCCACUGGAGAAGUCCGGUACAAACUUCGUGACCGUCCAACCGUCAUGUCCCAGUUCCCAUCCCCGGGUUACAUCACGUCGAUCUGUCCUACAUCUGAUGGACGUGCGUGGCUGUGUAACUAUGUCACCAACACAGUAAAUCUCAUCAACAACCAAGUUCAGGUCAUACAGACGGUACGACACAGCAGUGACAUCUGGGACAUCAGUGUGGACCCCACCACAGGUCGUCUGUGGUUCUGUUGUUGGGGUGAUAAAACUAUCUGUGAAGUAUCUACAUCACAUAAACCAGUCACAAGAUUCACUACAGAUGAUGACCCAGACAGUCUGUGUGUGACCAGGGAGGGUCGGGUAGUGGUGGGUACACGGGGUAGACAGGUGUACAAGGUGUGGGUGUAUACAGUGGACGGUCAGGUGUUACAUACAGACAUUGUGGAGGGGGGAGUACAGUCAAUAUCACAAUGUGGUGUUACAGGUAAUAUAGCUGUAGUAGUGUAUCGUAAACGUAUCAUUGUGUACAACUCAACACUCCAGCCCCUGGUCAACUACCAGGGGGAGGGGAUACAGGCCCGGGGGGAGGGGAUACAGAUAUGGGGGUCGGUCACACCAGAACAGUUUGAUCCUCGUACAGUUGUAUAUGACAGUAAGGGUAAUAUUGUUAUUGCUGACCAGACAAGGAACACAAUAGAACUGAUAAGUGGAGCAGGGAAGUACAUAAAAACACUUCACACAAACAAAGAACGACAGGGACCAGUCGGUAUACAGAAGGGUGAUGUGUUGUGGUCAAACUUAGAGUUAGAUACAGGAGAGUGGGUACUCAAACUCCUCAAGUAUUAUAGUGACUGA